AUUCCAUAUUUUAAUUGCGAAUAGCUUUUAAUAACUGCGUUCUCGGCGUCACGUCAGUUCACGGGUGAGUAAUUGAAAUACGUAGGCGUGGAAAUGAGUUAGGAUGUGAAACGAGUCGGUAUUGCUACACUACUAACCUUAAAGUUAGUGGAAGCAAUCGGUAGCGAGGAACGUUUUCGCUGUUGAUUGUGAGAAGACUGAGACGCUAUCAUGGACAUUAGUGGUGUAGAACAGAGACUGAAAGAGGCUGGCCAGUCUCACCUGCUGCAUUUAUGGCUGGAGCUGGGUCCAGAGGAACAAGCCCAACUACUCCAGGACCUGGGAAGCCUGGACUUCCAGGAGAUCAAUCGGUUCUUUCGCUGUGCCAUGGAAAGUUCCAGUGGCGGCGAGAAGGAGAAGCUGGAUAGCAGGAUGGAGCCUGUGCCCAGGGAAGCACUGGGCAGCGUCACACGUGACCGAGAAAGGCUGGAGACCUGGAAGGGAAUCGGACUACGUCACAUUUCCCAGAACAAAGUGGCAGUCCUCCUGCUGGCAGGUGGUCAGGGAACCAGGCUGGGAGUCCCGUACCCCAAAGGAAUGUACGAUGUGGGGCUGCCGUCCCGAAAGUCCCUCUUCCAGCUCCAGGCGGAGCGGAUACUGAGGCUGGAGCAGCUUGCAGAACAGACACACCAGACAAAGUGUUGCAUUCCCUGGUACAUAAUGACCAGCGCACGAACCAUGGCUGCCACCAGAGAGUUCCUUUCCCGCCACAACUUUUUUGGCCUGCGUAAAGAAAAUGUCAUUCUCUUCCAACAAGGCAUGCUGCCAGCCAUGGAUUACUCUGGAAAGAUCAUUCUGGAAGCCAAAGGCAAGAUCUCCAUGGCACCAGAUGGGAACGGAGGGCUGUACCGGGCCCUGGGGACCCAGGGGAUUGUGGGAGACAUGGAGCAAAGGGGGAUCGAGUGUGUCCAUGUGUAUGGUGUGGAUAACAUCCUGGUGAAGGUGGCAGACCCUUCCUUCAUUGGCUUCUGCAUAGAGAAGGGUGCGGACUGUGGUGCCAAGGUGGUAGAGAAGACCGACCCCGCAGAGCCGGUGGGAGUGCUCUGCAAGGUGGACGGGCGCUACCAGGUGGUGGAGUACAGCGAAAUCACCUCAGAGACUGCCGAGAAGCGUGGCCCAGACACGCACCUAGUGUUCAACGCUGGAAACAUCACCAACCAUUUCUUCACCCUGUCCUUCCUCAAGGACGUGGUAAACCUUCAUGAGCCCAGGUUACGACACCACGUGGCACGGAAGAAAAUCCCAUUCGUGAAUGCAAAAGGACAGCUAAUCAAACCGGAUAGUCCGAACGGGAUCAAAAUGGAGAAAUUCAUCUUUGACAUCUUCCAGUUUGCCAAGACAUUUGUAGUGUAUGAGGUUGUGAGGGAUGAUGAGUUCUCAGCCCUGAAAAAUGCCGAUAGCCAAAAUGGGAAGGAUAGCCCCACCACCGCCCGCCAAGCCCUGAUGGCACUGCACCAGCGCUGGGUCCUAAAUGCCGGCGGCCAUUUCAUCAGCAAGACUGGCACCCAGCUCCCUGCUGUCCACAGCAGUAAUGGUGCAGCAGAUCAGCCAAUCAUAUGUGAAAUCUCUCCACUGGUCUCCUAUGGAGGAGAGGGCUUGGAGAGAAUGGUUAAUGGCAAAAAGUUCUGCUCUCCCUUGGUUAUUGAUGAAGCUGGCGUUCAUCAACCAGCGUUGGGUGAAUAAUGUACAGUAUGUCAAGAGGCUGGUGGAAGACCAAAUAAACGUGCUAUAUGUGGCAAAUCUUUUAAGGAUAUCUACCAAAGAAGUUCUUAUGCCCUAAACUGCAGGGAAACAAUGUUCUACAGCAGCUGGAAUGACCCAUGCAAAGACCUACUUUUAUAUGAAUAAAGUCUUCUGUGUUAAAAUGAACCUCUUGCACAUACCGCCAAUAAUCACUAAUACAUUUUAUGCAAAUGAGA